ACACUAAAGCUUGACAUGCGCGUCCGUGCGGAUAUUUGUUGUUAAUUUUUUUAUAAAUUGUUUAGUGACAUUCCUAAAUAUAUAAAUUUUUGUUAAUUAUUAUGUUCCUAUACAUAAAAACCAAAGCCAUCCGGAUCUGAAAGACCCUAUUCGAAUCUCACCCAAAAUUUUAUAAUACCCGAACAAAGCAUAAUUUCAAAACCUAAAAAAAUUCGAUAUCCGAAAGAACCAAUCCAUACCGAACCGUAUACUUGAUAUCCAUAUCUUAAUGAAGUAGUUAAGAAGUAUAAAAAAAUGUAAAAGAUAUAAUAAAACACUUAAAAAUAGGUAUGUUCUGUUUUAUAUUUUUAUAAGACAUGCUGUCAAAUUAUUUGAAAAAAAUGCAAUUAAUAAAGUAGUUAAGUUGAGUGAAAAUAAGGAAAGAAAAGAUGUAAUAAAUCUGUUGAAAAUAAUGCUAGUUUUAUUUUGUAAUUAAAUUUAAUAAAAUAGAUUUACCUAAUUUCCACUAGUCAAAUAAUACCGAAAAUAAAUGGUAUGUCAUGUAUUGAUUAAGUAAAGUUUUUUAUUGUAUUAUGUGAUAAUUAAACCAUAGUACGUAGUAAUUGACAGAGAGAAAUGAAAAUGUUUAGCUUAUCGAAGAAAUUCUCUUUUCUCUUUGUUCAAUUUUGUCUUCUUUCAUUUUUUUGGUGUUAGUGUUUUCUGUUGUCGUAAAAGUUGAAGAAAAAAUUAAAGAGAAAAACUAACUAAUAAAUUACACACAAAAAAAAUCGUUUGACAUACAUGAUUUAUUUUUCUCAUUCAAUUACCGCGUAAUACAGUUUAAUUACCACAUAAUACAUAAAAAACCUUACUUAAUCAAUACGUGACAGACAAUUUAUCUUCGAUAUUAUUUGACUAGUUGAAGUUAGGUAAAUAUCAAGCUUUAGCGUAUGUUAAAACUAGAUUUCAAAAGUUCAUGUAUUGAAUUUGAAUUUUGUAUUAAUUGAUGUAUGUUUUUGCACAAGUAAAGUGUUUAUGUAUUGAUAUGUAUCAUUGGUCCCUGUUGUUGUAGGAAUUAGCCGGUUUUCUAUUACCGGUUAACGACAACUCAACGUUUGACUAACGGAAAUUAGGUCAAUGUAUGAUAAAACCAAAUUUUGAAAGUUCAUGUAUGAAAAUUAAAUUUUGUACUAGUUGAUGUAUGUUUUCGCACAGGUAACAUGUUUAUGUACUGAUCGGAACCGUUGAUCCUUGUUGAUGUAGGAAUUAGCCGAUUUCCCAUGAGGGGGCAGUGCUGGUUACAAUAACACAAUAAUUUUAUUUUCGCUUUUCUUUUACACAUCACACAUGUGACUUGUGACAUGUCCAUCGACUCUCAACUCCCGCCGUAAAUCCUGGUAACAUUUUAGCCUUCUUCCUCAUUUAACGACGAUCGCUUCUCCGACCAAUCACUCCUCCGACCGAAAAAAAACUAAAAUCACAAUGUCGAUGAAUCCAAAACUCUCAGUCUCCACCUUCAUCCUCCUCUUACUCCUCACCUUCCUACUCAUCCCCUCUCAUUCAUCAUCCUCCGACGAAGAAUCCGACGACGAUCUUGAACAGCUCCUAGCAGUAGACGAGCAAUCACAAGAAGACCGUCCCCAGCAUCAACAGUCGGAAGCCGAAACAGUGAGCAAGGCGCAGAGGAUCGUGCUGGAGCUAACCGGCGACAACGCGAAGCGAGUGGUCGACGGGAACGAGUUCGUGUUGGUUCUAGGCUACGCGCCUUGGUGCGCGAGAAGCGCGGAUCUGAUGCCGAGGUUCUCGGAGGCUGCGACGGGUUUGAAAGAGAUUGGGAGUUCGGUUCUGAUGGCGAAGAUCGACGGCGACAGGUAUGGUAAGGUCGCGUCGGAGCUUGAGAUCAAGGGUUUCCCUACGCUUCUACUCUUUGUUAACGGGACUUCUCAGCCUUAUAGCGGUGGAUUCUCAGCAGAGGAUAUAGUCAUCUGGGUGCAGAAAAAGACUGGUUCAGCCAUCAUCACAGUCAAUACACUCGAUGAAGCUCAGAUAUUUCUGAACAAGUAUCACACUUUUGUUGUUGGUCUGUUCCAUAAGUUUGAGGGGUCUGAAUAUAACGAGUUCGUCAAAGCUGCAAAAUCAGACAACGAAAUCCAGUUUGUAGAAACAAGUGAUAACGAUGUUGCGAAGCUUCUGUUUCCUCACCUCAAAACCAAUACUGUGUUUAUUGGCUUGGUUAAACCUGAGGCUGAAAAGUACACUGCAUAUGAUGGACCUUACAAGAUGGAGAAGUUACUGGAGUUCCUAGGAAACAACAAGUUUCCAUUGAUUACAAGAUUGACUGAAAGCAAUACCGUUUGGGUUUACUCCAGUCCUGUUAAGCUUCAGGUUAUGCUUUUCUCCAAAGCUGAUGUCUUCCAGAACCUGGCUCAGUCUCUUGAAGAUUUGGCAAGAAAGUUUAAAUCCAAGCUUAUGUUUAUAUAUGUUGAUAUAACAAAUGAGAACCUUGCGAUGCCAUUCCUCACCUUAUUCGGAAUAGAUCAUGCAAAUAAAACUGUUGUUGCUGCUUUUGAUAACAACCUGAACUCCAAGUAUUUGCUCGAAUCAGAUCCAUCACCAAGCAGCAUAGAAGAUUUUUGUUCAGGACUUGCUGAUGGAACCGUUUCGCGUUACUAUAGGUCAGAGCCAGUUCCGGAUAAUGUUGAUGAUUUUCCGACCAUCUUGCUCUACAAAUCUGGUGAAAAGGAGAAACCGUUAAAGCUAUCAACUAAACUUAGUGCCAAGGACAUGGCUGUUUUCAUCAACGAAGAGUUGAAACCAAAGGAGGGUUCUGCUAGAGAUGAAUUGUAAUAAAGUUGGAGGAAAUGUAGACACAAAAAGAGAGAUAGAAAGCUUAUAGAAGAGAGUUUUGUGACAUUACAUGAUUUUAAUAUUGUAUGGAAUUGGAUAAGAAAGGAAACCAAAUCCUUUAAAAUCUGUGAAUCAAUGAACUGAGAUUAACUUUAUAGAAGAGUAUAUCAACAAACUUGAUUUAGCA